GUCAAACGCGCUUGGUGAUGACGCCACGACGCUAACUCCUGAGGAUGGCGGCGGCGGCCGCGGCCGUGGCCACGGCCCCGAGAGGGUCAGCACAGCCGCCAAGACGCCGAAGAGCCCGCCGCCCCCGCGAGGUGUAGACGAGGCGCUGCCUGCAGAGCAGGUCCUGCCAGCCUCGCUGGAGAGGAUGCCCCCGUGUCCGUGAUGGGCUGUGGGACAAGCAAGGUCCUUCCUGAGCCGCCAAAGGAUGUCCAGCUGGAUCUGGUGAAGAAGGUGGAGCCCUUCAGUGGCACCAAGAGCGAUGUGUAUAAGCACUUCAUCACGGAGGUGGACAGCGUUGGCCCUCUCAAAGCUGGGCUCCCGGCAGCCAGUCAGUGUGCAAACUCCUGUCCUGGUGCUCCCACUACUGGCCACACAGAGCCUCCCUCAGAACCACCACGCAGGGCCAGGGUGGCUAAGUACAGGGCCAAGUUCGACCCACGUGUGACAGCCAAGUAUGACAUCAAAGCCUUAAUUGGCCGAGGCAGCUUCAGCCGAGUGGUACGUGUGGAGCACCGGGCAACCCGGCAGCCAUAUGCCAUCAAGAUGAUAGAGACCAAGUACCGGGAGGGGCGGGAAGUGUGUGAGUCAGAGCUCCGUGUGCUGCGUCGGGUGCGCCACGCCAACAUCAUCCAGCUGGUGGAGGUGUUUGAGACUCAGGAGCGUGUGUACAUGGUGAUGGAGCUGGCCACUGGUGGAGAGCUCUUUGACCGCAUCAUUGCCAAGGGUUCUUUCACCGAGCGUGAUGCCACACGGGUGCUGCAGAUGGUGCUGGAUGGCGUCCGGUAUCUGCAUGCGCUGGGCAUCACACACCGAGACCUCAAGCCUGAGAACCUGCUCUACUACCACCCAGGCACGGACUCCAAAAUCAUCAUCACCGACUUCGGCCUGGCCAGUGCUCGCAAGAAGGGUGACGACUGCCUGAUGAAGACCACCUGCGGCACGCCUGAGUACAUUGCCCCUGAGGUCCUGGUCCGAAAGCCCUACACCAACUCAGUGGACAUGUGGGCGCUGGGUGUCAUCGCCUACAUCCUGCUCAGUGGCACCAUGCCCUUUGAAGAUGACAACCGCACCCGACUGUACCGGCAGAUCCUCAGGGGCAAGUACAGUUACUCGGGGGAGGCUCUCUUCCCAACGUCCUUCUCUUUUCUGCUGCUUGGCUCCCAUCCACCCCCUGCCAGGUCCCAGGGUGGUGGGUUCUGUCUGGUCCGGAAGCCCAAGCACCAGGAUGCCCAGAAACAGGUGGAAGCCUCUGGGAGACUGACCAGGUUGGUUCCUGGGGCCUGUCCCUUCUGUCAGCCACCUGAGGCCCAUAUGUGUCCCUGGUCUGGGCCCAAGUAUACCAAGCCCUGGCCCAGCGUAUCCAACCUGGCCAAGGACUUCAUUGACCGCCUGCUGACAGUGGACCCUAGCGCCCGAAUGACUGCAAUGCAGGCCCUGAGGCACCCGUGGGUGGUGAGCAUGGCAGCCUCUUCGUCCAUGAAGAAUCUGCACCGCUCCAUCUCCCAGAACCUCCUCAAACGCGCCUCCUCGCGCUGCCAGAGCACCAAGUCUGCCCAGUCUACACGUUCCAGCCGCUCUACACGCUCCAACAAGUCGCGCCGCGUGCGGGAGCGGGAGCUGAGGGAGCUCAACCUGCGAUACCAGCAGCAAUACAACGGCUGAGCUGCCUGGCCGUGGUCGAGACAUGGCAUGGUCCCAGCCUGGUCACACACUGCUACGCCAUCUGGGCCCAGUGCCCUCUCUGGAGAUGGGCCUAUAUGGUCAGUGGUAGGUGAAUGGCCCAGCCACUUCUCUGUGCCUUCAGUAGUCCCUCUCCUCACCCUGGGCCUGGUGUGACAGAAUGGAGGGAGCCCAGGGGGCUGGGAGCCCUCUAAACUAGGAGCCUGGCCUGGCACUGAUGUUCCUUUAGGUGGGUAAUUGCUCUAGUAAAGUUGGGGAGAGGGUAGGGCCUGGCUUUCAGUCUCCUUCACCCCUUGCCCUUGGCUCUUCCCCAGACCAAAGAAGCAGACAGUGCCAGGUAGAGUGUCCUGUGGUUCUAGGACUCUUUGGGACAGUUACUUCUGAAAACCCUCCUUUACCUCCACCAAACCUUCCUGCCUGCCCCCCCCCCGCCCCCACAUUCCAUGGCAUCCUGAUCCUCAUGAUUAUGCUCCGGUGAGAGGCCCAGGUAGGCCCAGGUUGUGCCUUGGCUGGACUCUUAGCUGUUGGCUAAGUCUAAACAGACCCUGACCUCUCAGCCAAUACCUGUCUUCCUUCAUGGAGCUUGGCCCUUCUGGACUGUGUGGCCCUGUUGGUAGCAGGCUUACGCCACGCUCCAGCCUUCCUCUGACUGUGAGAGAGAUCCUGCCCACCACUAGCCACUGCUCUCAGUGCCUCCUUUGCAGAGACUACCACCACCUCCCUCUUCCCCUAGAUGCCUAUUCUAUUCUCCAGGUGCCUCCUUCCCAACUGUGGGGCAUUAAAGGGAGCCCCACUGCUGCUAGCUGGGGGAUGGAGGCACCUGGGCCAAGGCAGAGGGCAGGGGCUUCCCAGGGAGAAACCCCAUCAGGGUUCCAGUGCCAGUCCUGGUUCUACCCUUGGUACUUCCACGGCCCUUUCCCUUCGGGCUCUGCUCUUCCGUCCUCUGCAGCUGCAUGAAGGCGCCAUCUAGUGUCUGGCAUGAGUAUAGGCAGCCCAGGAACCUUGCUCACCCUUUACCUUCCAAGAGGAAGUGGGAAGCAAGGACUUGCUGCUUUGAGGGAGGGUCUUGGGGCUGCUCUACUCUCCCCUUCUGCUAAGCUGCACAGCUCCCCUGGAACUUAGCCAAACUGUGUGAUCAGCCUCUGAACCCUGAGUGCCUGGGGCCCUGGCCUUGCCUAGUCCAGCCUGUCCCGUUUCUUUUCACAGCAUUCCCCUUGUAGUCUGGGGCCCACUGAAUCUCAGGCUUGAGGGAGCCCCUGCAGGAGGUGAGUGGAAUUAGGUGGCUGCUUUCCCAGAGGCCUCAGCCAGAUCUCCCCAUGUCAGUCAUGGUGCCUCCCCCACCACAAACUGGGCUGGAACCCAGACCCCCUCACUUGGUAGCUGCUUUCAGUGGGUGGGGAGGAGCCAGGGCCCAGCUUUAGCCUUAGCUAGAGUACAGGGCCCUCACUCUGUUCCUCCCCGUGAUAGCUUUGGGCCAGGCUCUCCUCUCUCUGCAUGUGCCACCUCCAGUGGGAAACCAAGCCAAAGAGACCACUCUGGGCCGAGUCGAUUGUGCCUUAUACACCCCCUCCUUCUGCCCUCAGUGCCCUGGCAUAAGGCAGUAGAGAGCCCAAGCCCCAUGGCCUCAGAAUUCUCCUCACUUUCUCAAGUGCCUCUGAGGGCCUGAAGCCCUGGGAAAUGCUUUCCUUUUUUGCCCAGGAUAGACCUGGUCUUGAAGGUAGGGAAGAGGGAGUUUUGAGACUUGGGCCUUUGAUAGGCCCACCUGGGCCUUAAUGCCAUGGACUGUGGAUGGAGAAUGUGCAGUUAUUUAUUUUGUGUACUCUGUAAAUGUAUCCUCUGUACUCAAUAAACAGGCUGCCCUCCUCAGGGAAGGCUGCCCAUUUCGACA